ACCCCCCAUUCAUCCAGAUCUACACCCCAACAAUCAUCAUCAUCUCUUCAAACCCUCUCUAUAAAUCAUCAUCCUUACAUAUAAAAGAUCCCCUUUUCAAAAUUUCCACCGUUAUUUCCCCAACCCCUUUGCUCAAAACCCACCAAUUUCACUCCAAUUGUUAAGCUUUCCGUUGUCAACCCUAAGGUUUCGGUAGGGGAUUUAUGGCGGAUCAGGUGAUGGAGGGUAGCCAGCCGGUUGAUCUUUCCAAGCACCCUUCUGGGAUUGUUCCAACUCUUCAGAACAUUGUUUCUACUGUCAAUUUGGAUUGUAAGCUAGACCUGAAGGCUAUCGCGUUGCAGGCUCGAAAUGCUGAGUAUAAUCCAAAGCGUUUUGCUGCUGUUAUUAUGAGAAUAAGAGAACCAAAAACAACGGCUUUAAUCUUUGCUUCUGGGAAGAUGGUUUGUACCGGAGCCAAGAGUGAACAGCAGUCAAAACUAGCCGCACGGAAGUAUGCUCGAAUCAUUCAGAAACUUGGGUUUCCAGCUAAAUUUAAGGAUUUCAAGAUUCAAAAUAUUGUUGGUUCUUGUGAUGUUAAAUUUCCCAUCAGACUUGAAGGCCUCGCGUACUCUCACGGUGCUUUUUCAAGUUAUGAACCAGAACUGUUCCCGGGAUUGAUUUAUCGAAUGAAACAACCGAAAAUUGUUUUGCUCAUCUUUGUUUCUGGGAAAAUUGUUCUUACUGGAGCCAAGGUCAGGGAUGAGACUUACACUGCAUUCGAGAAUAUAUAUCCGGUGUUGACUGAAUUCAGGAAGAACCAACAAUGAUCUAUGGAUACAUUUGAUGAAACAAACCUGUUACGGGUAAGGGUGAUAAGGGUCGACCAAUGAUUUUAAAACAAGUGUAAAUACAUGGUGAAAAUCAAUAGGUGAAAGCAAGUUUAGCUCUCUAUUGAAUGUCAUGAAUAUCAUAAGCCCAUUUUCUCUGGUCUAUGCUUAUUAUCUGUUUAAGACCCGACCAACCCGUAUUAUGGGGAUUAGCGUAGCUUGGUGGCGGGCGGAUAUGGUUGAAAACAAUCUCUUUUUGGUCGUGUUUUUUUGACUUGUUCGUGUGUGAACUUGAAUAUGGAUAUUCUAACUUUUUGACUUGUUUGGGAUGAAUGUUUGAAUUCGUAUCAGUAUUAAUUAGAUACUUUGGUUUGAUGAA